CAGCGGCCCCUCCCACCCCAGCGGGGGAGGGUGUGCUUCUCCCGGGACUGUUAGGUCAGGUGACAGGGAGCGCGCUCAGCCAGACGCGGAAGAACUCGGGCCCUGGGCGGCCACGCGAGCGAGUGACAUGGGGCUCCCGGUGCUGCCCAGGCUCGCGCUCCCGACGCUGCUGCUGCUGCUGCCGGCGCCGGGUCCGGCCCGCGGCGCCACGCGCUUCGACCCCACCUGGGAGUCCCUGGAUGCCCGCCCGCUGCCGGCGUGGUUCGAUCAGGCCAAGUUCGGCAUCUUCAUCCACUGGGGCGUGUACUCCGUGCCCAGUUUCGGGAGCGAAUGGUUCUGGUGGUAUUGGCAAAAGGAAAAGAGACCAGCGUAUGUGGACUUUAUGAAAAGAAAUUACCCCCCUGGAUUCAAAUAUCAAGAUUUUGGACCUUUAUUUAGAGCAACUUUUUUUGAUGCCAACCAGUGGGCAGAUAUUUUUCAGGCUUCUGGUGCCAAAUACAUUGUCUUAACUUCCAAACAUCACGAAGGCUUCCCCUUGUGGGGUUCUGAGUACUCCUGGAACUGGAAUGCUGUAGAUGAGGGGCCGAAGAGGGACAUUGUCCAGGAACUUGAAGAAGCCAUUCGGAACAGGACGAACCUGCAUUUUGGACUCUAUUAUUCCCUGUUUGAAUGGUUUCACCCGCUCUUCCUUGAGGAUAAAGCCAGUUCAUUCCAGAAGCGACAAUUUCCAUUCUCCAAGAUGCUGCCUGAGCUCUACGAGUUAGUGAACAAGUAUCGACCUGAGGUCCUGUGGGCAGAUGGUGAUGGCGGGGCCCCCGAUUCCUACUGGAACAGCACAGGCUUUUUGGCCUGGUUGUACAAUGAAAGCCCUGUUCGGGACUCAGUAGUGACUAAUGACCGCUGGGGAGCAGCUAGCAUCUGCAGGCAUGGGGGUUUCUACACGUGCAGCGACCGCUACAACCCAGGACAUCUUUUGCCACACAAGUGGGAAAACUGCAUGACAAUAGACAAGCUUUCCUGGGGCUAUAGGAGGAAUGCUGACAUCUGUGACUAUCUGACAAUCGAAGAAUUGGUAAAGCAACUUGUAGAAACAGUUUCAUGUGGUGGAAAUCUUUUGAUGAAUAUUGGGCCCACACAAGAUGGCACCAUUUCUGCAAUUUUUGAGGAACGAUUAAGGCAAAUGGGGACCUGGCUAAAAGUCAAUGGAGAAGCCAUUUAUGAAACCCAUCCAUGGAGAUCCCAGAAUGACACUGUCACCCCAGAUGUGUGGUACACAUCCAAGCCAAAAGAAAAAUUAGUCUAUGCCAUGUUUCUUAAGUGGCCCAUAUCAGGACAAUUGCUUCUUGGACAACCCAAAGCCAUUCUGGGGGCAACAGAGGUAAAACUACUUGGACAUGGACAGUCACUUAACUGGAGUUCCUUGGAGCAAACUGGCAUUAUGAUAGACCUGCCACAGCUAACCAUUCAUCAGAUGCCCUGUAAGUGGGGCUGGACUCUGGCACUGACUAACGUGACCUAAUUUGUGUUUCAGUUACAGCUUAGAUUUUAAAUGACCAGGAUUCCAUAAUUGUAGCCCAUGGAGAAAGCGAAUGUAGAAUUGCCAAAAUGAUUAUUUUAUUAGGCAAUUCAGCCCUUCCCCCUCUCCUCUCCCUCCUAAGGUUUUCUCUAAGUUAGCACAUAACUUUUCUCUCUCCAUGGCAUUUUACCAUGUGAAGUCCUUUUGUAUUGAAUUCAUUUCCAUAUGUGACUCAGAGGUGGAAAUUAUUGUUUGGAAGUAGCUAAGAAUUGGUGGUUGAAAGGACUCAAGAUGCCUCCUGUGAAUUUCAUGUGCUGAAGCCCAAUGUGAUUGUAUUUGGAGACAGAGCCCUUUAAACAGUAAUGAAGAUUAAAUGAAGUUACAAGGGUGGGGCCCAAUCAAAUAUGACUGGCAUCCUUAGAAGAAGAGGAAGAGCAUCAAAGACUCGAGCACACAGGAAAGCUCGUGUGAGGACACAUGGGGAAGGUGUGCUACCUGCAAGCCCUGAGGAGACCUCAAGAGAAACUGCAUCUGCCACACCUUGACCUCAGGCUAUCAGUCUCCAGAACCCUGAGAAAGUAUUGUUGUUUAAGUCCCUUAGCCUGUGGUGCUUUGUUAGGGCAAGCCUCGCACACUAGUACAGGUGGUAUAUAUAUAUAUAUACACACACACAAUAAAUUGGGCUUAAUCUGUAUUUACAAUGCUUCCCAUAAUUUUUUAUAAAAAAUUUCCUCUUGGUACUAAAACUGAUAAAUGUCCAGUAUAGAUGUUUAAAAAUACUUGAAAUAUGGGCUCUCCCUGGUGGUGCAAGGGGUUAAAGCACCACAUUAUGAAGCUCUCCGAAGCUUCUGCAGCAGGAGUUUGAUCCCAGGCCUGCCAGGGGGCUGAUCCACAUGAGGGUGGCGGAACUCUUCUGACCCACCCCCUGCUCCCCUCAGCAGUGUACUUUGUCAAUAUGACUGUUAUGCUCCCCACU